AUAACCGAAAACUUUUCUAGAAUAUAAAGAAAAAUAAAGUACAAAAUGGAAGGCAAACCAUUGAAACGUAUGCGCUCUGAGGACGAUGAGAGCAACAAUAAUGUAACUCAAACCAAAGUUUGGGUAAAUGAGAAAAUAAGCGACUUGAGCGAUCCGGAAAAAAUGAAGGCAGUUCAUGACAAAACUACGAAAAUGCUUUUCAAUGGAGCCGCUAACAUCGAUGCGAAGAAAGAUGAGACAAAGGAAGAGACUACAACGCCGGCAUCGAUUCCCGUUAGGCCGGCAAAUUUGUGCGAGCAAUAUCAGCUGAUUGGCGAUGGCAACAUAAUACUGCGUGACAUGAAUCCCGAUGCUGUCAAUCCGACUCUGGAGCGACGUCUAUCGACAUGCUGCCGUCGGCCGACCCUAAUUCGCGGCACUUGCGCCAAUUGUACAUUUGAUUUGUGCGAGGAAUGCGGUUAUUCGUGCGUCGAAUGCAGCCAGUUCAUAUGCCACACCUGUGUCACACUGUUCGGCAAUCGACCCGAAGAAGCCGAGCAUCCUCUGUGCGAAGUCUGCCAAAUGUUCGUGGCCUAAGUAAAGUGUACCAAUACACACACACACACAAGCCCUCACUCACACAGUCGCUGGUGCAAUUUAACAGAAAUCUGAAUGUAUACCAAAUAGCAUUAUAAAUGAGAAUUAAGUACAAAUCAAAAUAA